AUGGCAGAGUUUUCUAAUAGCGUAACAUAUAGACACAUUUUACAACAACUUAAUCAUGUACCUGAUGGAGAAAUUACAGAUCCUGAUUAUUCAUACCAAAUUUUGGUCCUUGAAGUUGAAAUCAAACAGAACUUCAAAGGAAUUAUUGGAUUCUAUAACGAUCCAAACUUUAAAUUACCAGAAACAGAAAUUUCCGGCAUAAUUAGCGUGAAUUUGGAAAAUUACGGAUUUGGAGUUGUCGCUCCACGCGAAUUAGUCAUCACUGUUACUAAGACUCCAUUCUAUUUGGGUAUUAACAGCUCAAACUUCAUGAGAUUAGUGUUUUUGAGAAAUCAAAAAUAUGCAACAGACAAAACCGGCAAAAACUACGAAAUUAUCAACGAUAUCAAUAGAAUAACAUAUAUCACAUCCACAGGACCACUUCCGAUUACAAUUGGACUCAUUCCAAACUGUACAGAAUUAAGAAUUAAUACAUUAGCUGUUGGACAGUAUACAUUAUUCGGAACGAGUAGGUCCAACUUCACAUACUGCUAUUUGUCGAGCUCUAAGUUGUUUACUGCAUACGAUACUACUGAAAAUUACAAAAUUAAUCUAAAUUUGUACCUUUAUGAUGAAGGAAGUGAAAUAGCUCUUACAAAAGAGGACUACAUCAUAACGGAAACUCUAUAUAGGUAUAAUUCUUAUCGUGGCUACGGAAUUAUUUUUAAUUGGAAAGAAGCAAACAGAAUUAGAUCGAAUUUAGGGUUUGACUAUCUUGGGCCAAAACCGUCAUCGUCUUUCAAUGACACAUUUUACAAUAAUUCUUUUUAUUCAGUUUUGAAUCUUGAUAAUGACCAAGAAACCGGCAGCCAGCCAAAAACUCAAACUAAAACAAAGAACUUAUACUGGGCAGCAAUAGCAACCAUCAUUGUUGUGGCUGUUGUCUCAUUAUCUAUUGCAUUAUUUAAGACUCUCUUCAAAGAUAAGCCAAAUGAAGGUAAAUCACAAUCAGGAGCUGUUGAAGUAACUUUAGUUUAA